AUGGAGGGCAGACAGCCCAUGGACCUUUCGCAGCCUCCUGCUGCUGCUGCAGCAGCAGCAGCAGCAGCUGCGGCAGCAGCAGCAGCAACGGGGGCGGGCCCCACGGCAGCAAGAGUAGUUUCUUCAGCGCCGCCAGCAGUAGCCAGGGAGGAUCCGCUUUCUAUGGGUAAUUCAGCAGAACCUGCUGCGCCGCACUUCAUAGAUAUGCAGCAGCAGCAGCAGCUGCAGCAGCAGCAGCAACAGCUGCUGCAGCAGUAUGCUCAUGGUACUGGGGCUGAGGACCCCUUUGCGUUGCAGCAAGGCCUCGCCCCUCAGCAGCAAACGGCAGACGGCCACUUAACUCUUGGGGUUUCGGGGCCCCUUGCUGCUGCUUCAGCUCUUCAGGGGCCCCUGCAGCAGCACGCGGAGCAGCAGCACAUGCGGGCAGUGUUGUCAGACCCACAGCACUAUCGCCUGCAGCAGCAGCCCUGGACGACGCAGCAGCAACAGCAGCAGCAGCUGCUGCAACAGCUGCAGCAGCAGCCCCUACACCAACCCCAGCAUCAUUCACAGCCACUUCAACCGUUGCAGCCUUUAGAGCACCUGCAUCAGCAGCAACAACUUCAGCAGCAGCAACUUCAGCAGCAGCAACUGCAGCAGCAGCAGCAGCUUCAGCAGCAGCAGCAACUUCAGCAGCAGCAUCAAUCGUUGUCACGACGACAGUCGGUGGAAGAUUCUGCUGCUGCAACUGCUGCCGUACCAACUGCACUGCAGCAGCACGUGCAGCAGCAGCACUUCUUUGCUCCUCAGCUCUCUCCUCCCGUCCUCCUACAGCAGCAGCAGCAGCAGCAGCAGCAACUGCCCGCUGCUGUUGAAGCCGCCCACAUUGUUGUAGAUGCACAGCAGCAGGGGCUUCUGCCGCUUCAGGCAGCUGAAAUGCAGCAGCAGCAGCAGCAAACAGCACUACAGCAGCAGGCAGCUCUGCAGCAGCAGGCGGCUCUGCAGCAGCACGCAGCACUGCAGCAACAAGCAGCACUGCAGCAGCAGGCAGCACUGCAGCAGCAAGCAGCGCUGCAGCAGCACCAGGCAGCGCUGCAGCAGCAGCAGCAGCAGCAGGCGGCGCUGCAGCAGCAGGAAGCCCUGCAGCAGGACCGGUGGACAGCUGCUGGGGAGCUGCAGCAGCAGCAGCAGCAGCUGCUGCUGCAGAGCCCGCUGCUGCAGCAGCUGCCUGCGCCGCCCGAAGCUAUGCCGAUGCUUCAUCAGCUGCAGCACCAGCAGCUGCUGCAGCAACAGCAGCAGUUGCAGCACCAGCAGCAGCUGCAGCAGCAGCAGCAACAGCAGCAGCUGCAGCAGCAACAGCAGCAGCUGCAGCAGCUCCAGCAGCAGCAGCAGCGGCGGUGGAGUGCCUUCGGCGGAUUUGUUCUGCAGGCAGUGACAGCAGCAACGGAGCAAGAGCAGCGGCUGCUGCAGCAGGCAGCGUUGCAGCAGCAGCAGCAGCAGCAGCAGCAGUUGGCACUAGGUGCGUAUACGCCCGACACAAGCUCCGCGCAGGCUUCAGCACGUGCAGAUGCAGCAGCAACAACAAAAUCCAAAAAGGAAAAUGAAGCAGCACCGACAAAGAGCCGUAGCAGCAAACACCGAUCCAAAUCAAAGAGCAGGAGCAGCAGCAGCAGCAGCAGCAGCAGCGGCAGCAGCAGCAGCAGCAGCAGCAGCAGCAUGGGCCGCAGCGUCUCUGUGAGUGCUGCGGCUGCUGCGCGCAGCAGCCUCUCCUCUUCGGAGCUGCACAGACACCGCAGCGACGGGCUGCGGGAGAAGGCCUCAGAUAAAGCAGCAACAAGCAGCAGCAGCAGCAGCAGCAGCAGCAGCAGUAGCAGCAGCAGCAGCAGCAAGAAGGCAGCGAGGCAUGAGCACCGACGCCGAGCUCAUGGUGCUGCAACGCGGCAUCAGCAGGAUGAACGAUUGCAGCAGCAGCAGCAGCAGCAGCAACAACAGCAGCCAGAACAUCAACAGCAACAGCAGCAGAAGCAACAGAAAAAGCAGCAGCAGCAGCAGCAGCAGCAGCAACAACAAAAGCAGCAGCAGCACGACCGAAAGGGGACUGCAACCCCGCUGCUAGAACAAACUCCUGCUGCUGCUGCUGCUGCUGCUGCUGCUGCUGAUGCUGCUGCUGCUGCUGAUGUUGCUGCUGCUUGUCCCCAAGUCAGCAGCAGCAACGAAGCAGCAACGCCUUUGCUGCAGGCAGCAGGAGCAGCAGCAAUAAAACAAGCAGCAGCAACGCCAGCAGCACCAGCAGCAGCAGCAGCAGCAGAAGCAGCAGCAGAAGCAGCAACAAAAGCAGCAGAACCAGGGGCUGCAGCGGCAGCUGCAGCAGCAGCUGCUGCUGCCGCAGCGGCAGCAGCUGCAGCAGCAGCAGCGGCAGCAGCUGCAGCACCACCAUCACCACAAUCAGCAGCAGCACCAGCAGCAACUGCCCCGCCACCAGGAGCAGCAGUAGCAGCAGCAGCAGGAACAGCAGCAGUAG